UACUUUGACCUGACUGUCUCGGCCAACACCUUCCCAGCCCGGCGUCUUUUCCGUUCCCACGUCGGUUGGAAGUCGGCCCACGACUUCCGACUUCCUGAUUGUCGUUGGUUGGUGACUUUGUGUGCGUUCUUGCACCAACCAAUUCUUCCCUUUUCCCUAUCAGGACUCCAAACCCACUCUUCUCUAGCAAACGAUGCAAGUGAGCCAACCUCGCCCGAGGUGCUUUUUCCUCGUCCAACACGUCUCUGUCUCCUGUCGACGCAAGCCCACCCACGAUGUCUCUGAUUAUCCUUCUUCAUCCUCGUCGACUGCUUCUUCUGCGACUGCAAUACCAGCCGAGCGACUGAAGCGACAAUGACCGCCAGAAUAUUGGACAUCCUUCCGGCGGAGACCCUCAUCAGCAUCGCGGGGCAUCUCGACGGCAUUGCUGGACCGGAUUUGUCCUCCUUUUCCCUCACCAACAAAGCAUUCCAUGGCGCCGCCGCUGGCUUCUUGUUCCGCGACAUCCACAUCCUCGUCAAACAUCCUCGAAAGCUACAGCGCGAUGUUGAUUCCUGGCUCGCAGUCCUGGGACGCACAAACUCCGCCAGGCAUGUCAGGCGCGUUAGGAUGACCUUCCAUGACAAGACGCUCCCUCACAGCGAUCUCUACUCGCCUGACCGACAGAUGGUAGUGCCGAUGACACAUAAAUGGGCGUACUACAGCAAGCACAAGUCACCCGAGAACCGACGCCUCCGCGAUGCCUUUGUCGAUCCCGAAGCGUGGACCCCCAUGAUUAGACUGCUCGAAGCCCUGCCCGGACUGACCAAUAUGGUCAUUGAACAUGAAAGCAGCUUUUCGCCUCUUCUCCUCGAAACCAUUCGCACGCAUCACCCAACUUGUCGGCUAGAACUCAGAGGUUUCGAUUUCCAUUGUAGCGAAGGCGCUGCCAUCGAUGUCCAUGACGUUGCCCUCCUUCUUGCGCCCCAACUACAUGGCAUCUCGAUCAAAGAGUAUUUCCAGGUGUCCACUGAACACACAAACGAAUCCGCCAUUCUGCGUCUCAUUGGAGGCCUAUCACCGAGCCUCAAGACAGUAGAGCUGGAACCAGUUUUUGGAGGCAGGCAUAGGCGAAAAUUCGGCGCGGAUUUCGAGAGUGAGCUGCAAGCGUUGAUCGCGCAAACAGCCAAUCACAGUCUCAUACCUGGGAAGGAUCUGUUGAAGAUUUCAAAGUCACCAGAACUGGGCACACUGCGGUCUCUGACACUACAGAGAACCAACCCGGAUAGGCUUAGGGCAUGGUCCAAGGCGACGGACUUCGCGACACUGCGUCAUUUGAGAUUGACCGCAACUCCUGGAGAGUUACCAUGGCUUACUAUGCAUGCCAGAUUCCAUCAACUCGAAAGUCUGGAGUUGAACUAUAAUGAAGUUCUUGCGGGCCCCGGAACUGCAUGGGAGGACGGAAGAGCACCUGGAAAUGUGGCUGUUGAGUUUCUGGCCAUCAUGCCAACCUUAACAUCCCUCUCACUCGAGGGCCGGAUACCUUCACUAGCCAUACAGUUUGCGCUGUCUAAAUUCGGAGGAUUGCUGCGCAAACUAAGCAUUCGUCCUUCAUACGGCUCUCAUUCCAGCCAGGAUCCCCCCAGAGUCACAUUACAGGACUUAUGCGUGCUGUCUAAGACAUGCAUCAGGGUGCAGGAUCUAACACUCACGCUCACUGUGCCUACGUUCCAGACGAGCUCACCAGAGAUGACAGGGGCGUGUGAGUCUCUCGGGCGGAUGCAGAGCCUCCGAAAUCUCUACCUAACACUUCGACACGAGACACUUGAAGUGCGGGCUGGGGAUGGCGGGUGUAGAAGAAGAGCUCGUGCAUAUCAGAGAAUAGUCGAAGACCCGAUAAUGGCAGACGUGGCGGGGCUGACACCUGCAGAAGUUGCCAAGUCGGUAUGGGAUACAAUUUGUGGACAAGGCUGCCGCUUGGAGUUACUACAGAUCGACACGAUAGGUGACUGGAGUGGCACACGCAAGUCUGACCGUGUUCAUCAGAUACGCAGAGUUGGAGCCAUGGGUGAGGGGGUGGUGGAGACCACCCUGUUCCGAGAGAACAAGAAACUGUAUUGGAGAGAUUUGGAUUUUCUCGGAAAUAAGGUACCAUGACAGUCUUUGGGUA